AUGAAGUUCUCCACUGCCGCUGUUGCCGCUGUUGCUGCCGCCUCCGUCCUGGCUCAAGCCAUCCCUGCUCCCGUCGUUGUCGAAGAGGGCUUGGAAAAGCGUGCUGAACUCAAUGAUGUUCUCGGUGCCAUUGACAACUUGGUCGCUGUCCUUAACACCAAGCGUGAAGCUGGUGAAAUCGAUGUUGUUGCCUACGCCGCUGAAUUGGCCCAACGUGACUUCGACUGGAGCGCGCUUUUGCAACUGUUGCUCAAGGCUUUGCCUGGUCUUAUCAAGUCUGUCUGGGACUCGGGUAUCAUCCAACUGGUGUUCAAGGCUAUCUGGAACAACCAAACUAUUAAGGAUGCCCUUUUCAACGGGCUUAAGUACGUGCUUAACGCCAUCUUGGGUCUCUUCACUAAGUCUGCUGACACCACCCCCGCCGCUGCUACUGGCAAGGCUCAAACUAAGAGAAUGUUGGACGAACUUGAACGUCUUCAAAUGUCCAACGACCUCUCGGCUCGUGACUUCGUUGACACUAUUGGCACCAUUAUCAAGGCCAUCUGGAACUCUGGCAUCAUCCAACUGGUGUUCAACUGGGUUAUCAACUGGGUUAAGACCAACCCGGAACAAGUCCAGAACUUGCUCAAGCUGGCUUUGUCGGUGGUGUCUAAGUUGGUGAGUUCGAUCUGGACCUGGGCUCAACAAAACGGUUACGUCGAAAAGGUCUUCCAAUGGAUCGGUGCCAACAUUGGUAAAAUUCUUACCUCCGUCAUCAACUUCAUCUUGAGCUUGUUCGGUGGCAACAAAGCUGGCACUACUACCCAAAGCGCGGCGCCUGCUCCUGCUCCCGCUGCUACUGGUGCCCCCAAGCAAAAGAGAGAAUUCAACAGAAUGUACUAG